CUCCCCGUGACGAAUGUGCAAUUCUGCUGGCAUCAGAAGAGGAGAACGGUGUCGUCAACGGCGCGCGUCUCUCGCGGCCGACGCCGGCUGCCCGCGGCGAUGGCGGGGAUGGUGCGGAGGAACAGGAAAAUUGUUAAUUAUUCAGAAUUUGGGGAUUUUGAAGAUGGUGAUGAAGACUUUGCAUGCAUAGCUGCACCUUUGACAAAAAAAUCCAGAACACAACCUAAGGAACCAAAAAAGGAGAAAAAGAAGAAGCAAAAAACACGAAAAGAAUUGACUUCAUCGCAAAAAGAAUCAUCUAUUGGAAGUACAUCCUUGGGUGAUAGUUUCUGUGAAAGGGAUUUGAACGUUACCGUGGCCUUGUCCAUUGAAGAAAAAUCAGCAAAUAUCCACGAAGUGCAGAAUUCAAAAGAACAAGGUUUCAGUCAGGUUCUAGAUGAUGACAUACCUACGAAUGGCUGUAGGCAAAGGAAAGCAUUUAAAGCUUUCUCUCAUCAGAAGUUACUGACCAUUGACAGCUGUGACAGAGAGCAUGUUACUGACUCUGAACCAGUGACUGUACCAGAUGACGAAUCAGAAGAAAAUUCAGAUUAUAGUGAAAGUAAUGAUGAAGACUGUGCUAUGGAAAAGAUGAAAAUCAAAAGAAAUAAAAAAGAAAUAAAGAGGCAGACUGGAAAACAAAAGAUUCCUAAAUCUGAGAAUAAUACUACUGUAAUGAAACUAAAAUCUGAGCAAACACAAAAGAUGUCCACGUCUUCAGAACCAGUUGGAAGGCCUUUACAUACAUCAAGUCCUGUAACAAACAAGAAGCCCAAAUGGGAACCACCAGCUGCAACAGGAACAAGUAACAACUCUAUGAAAUAUGCUUCAGUUAAAUCACCUACUCAGUGCCUUAGGCUUGGCCUUUCCAGACUUGCAAGAGUCAAACCACUGCAUCCCAAUGCCACCAGCAGAUAGG